AGGUGAACUCGUGGAGCGGUUCCAUUGAGAUUGGCGUGACUGCACUUGACCCUGCCGGGCUGGACUUCCCCAGCAGCGCCACAGGCCUUAAGGGCGGCUCCUGGAUCGUGUCGGGCUGCUCGGUGCUACGCGACGGCCGCUCGGUCCUGGAGGAGUACGGCCGCGACCUCGACCAGCUAGCCGAGGGCGACCGGGUGGGCAUUCAGCGUAGCUCUCGCGGGGAGCUCCACCUCUGGGUCAACGGGCAGGACUGCGGUGCGGCCGCGAGUGGCUUGCCACCCAAACUCUGGGCAGUGGUGGACCUGUACGGCAAGUGCACUCAAGUGACAGUGGUGAGCUGCGAGCCGCCGCCACCCUCUGCGGAGAAAGAGACAAUAGAGCGGGAGGCGGAGGAGGAGGAGGAUGAGGAGGAGGAGGAGGAGGAGGAAGAGGAAGGGUGGUGUUGCGGGUUCGGGAGGAUGCCAUGGAUCACGGCCACUGAGAAUGUGGCAGGGCAAUGAAUUGGAAUGAUGAAUGGAGAGAUGAGUGUGGACAAUACUAAUAACAGUCCCGCUGUAAACGGAGGGUCGCCGGGGGUUGUGACAGUGGGCAUGACCACCAACGACGCGCUGCUCUUCCACGAAGAAAAUGUAGGCACACCUGAUUUCAAACUGGGCAAGCAACAACAAGGGCGCGAGCGGAGGAGACCGCUGACGAAGUUCAAUAACGGCGUCGGUGAUGGAUCAAACCGGCCGCUCCGACACAACGAGAUGUUUGAGGUGUUUAAAAAUCACACAAACUCACUGCUGGAUGUUUGGUCAGGGUCAAUAGAGAUUGGUGUGACCACACACCAAUCCCCAACAAACCUGGACUUAUCUGCCAACUAUUGACUAAAUCUGCGGCUCAGUACAAUCAUGAUGAGUGGCUGCGGGAUACUGACCAAUGGGAAAGGAACCCGCAGGGAAUACUGUGAAUUCAGCCUCGAUGAACUUCAGGAGGGAGAUCACAUUGGAUUGAUGCGCAAAGCCAGUGGAGCGCUCCAUUUCUACAUCAAUGGCAUUGACCAAGGUGUUGCGGCAGCCCAGACCCCCGGCGUGGUCUACGGCGUGGUCGACCUCUACGGCAUGGCUGUCAAAGUGACCAUAGUCCACAACCACAACCACAGUGACCGCCUCAGACGCAAUAACGCCAUCAUGAGGGCUCUAUCGCCCGAUGUCGGCCGGCCCAGGCCAGCUCUCUCCCUCACUCCAGACACAGAGGGACCCGACCGGCUGCUCUUCCACGCCAACUGUGGCCAGAAGGCCGCCAUCAUCAGUGACGGAAGGACGGCUCUGCGGCCACAUGCGACUGAUGACUUCAACCAUGGCGUGGUCCUGAGCAGCCGGCCGCUGCGCUCCAACGAGGUGUUCCAGGUUCGCAUCGACAAGAUGGUGGACAAGUGGGCGGGCUCCAUUGAAAUCGGAGUCACAACGCACAACCCUGCAUACCUGCAGCUGCCCUCCACCAUGACCAACCUGCGCUCAGGGACGUGGAUGAUGACGGGGAAUGGCGUAAUGCACAAUGGAACAACAAUACUGGACGAGUACGGACACAACCUGGACCGACUCAAGGCUGGUGACACAGUAGGCGUUGUGCGGAAAGAAGAUGGCAGCCUCCACUUCUUUGUAAACGGUGUGGCUCAGGGCCCGGCAGCCUGGAACGUCCCUCCCAGUGUCUAUGCUGUGGUUGACCUCUACGGCCAGGCUGCUCAGGCCACCAUCAUGGACGACAUGGUGGACCUCCCUCCUCUCCCAGAGGACAGCUCAGAAGGCCCCACGGCCAUGUCCCCCGGCAGCCCCUGCUCGGUAGGCGGGGCCAGCACAACCAACGACCUGCGUUUCCACCAGCUACACGGCACCAACGCCGUCAUCACCAAUGGGGGGCGCACCGCCCUGCGUCAGAACUGCCGCAGCGAGUUCAAUGACGCUAUUGUCAUUUCCAACAGGUGCCUUCGAGAUGGAGAGUUGUUUGAAAUCAUUAUUCAGAAGAUGGUGGACCGCUGGUCGGGUUCAAUAGAAGCAGGAGUGACGGCCAUCAGGCCAGACGAACUUGAGUUUCCCAACACUAUGACCGAUAUCGACUAUGACACCUGGAUGCUCAGUGGAACAGCCAUCAUGCAGGAUGGCAACACGAUGCGCAACAACUACGGUUGUGACCUGGACUCUCUGACCACAGGGUCACGGAUCGGCAUGAUGCGCUCAGCCAGCGGCGACCUCCAUUAUUACAUCAACGGCGUAGACCAAGGUGUCGCCUGCUCCGGCCUGCCACCAGAGGUGUACGCUGUGAUCGACCUGUAUGGUCAGUGUGUUCAGGUGUCCAUCACCAGCUCGUCAGGCCCGCUUGACAACAGCCUCUGUACCAGCAACAUCACUGAGAAGAGCUUCCCCAUCCACUCACCAGUAGCAGGUGUUGCCCACCGGCUCCACAGUAAACACGGUAAGAACGUGGUGCUGCUCGGUGAGGGCUGCCAGGCCGUCCGCGUAGGAGGUUACGCUCACGGCAUCGUGUUCAGUGCGAAGGAGCUGAAAGCAGACGAGCUGUUUGAGGUGAGGAUUGAUGAAGUGGAUGAGCAGUGGUGCGGUUCCCUGCAUAUCGGUCUGACCACACUGGCACCCCUGGAGCUGCCGUCAUGCCCGCUGUCAGGUCUCUCCCCCUCCCUCCCGCAGCUCCGCACCAAGGUCACCUGGCUGCUCUGCGGCUCUGAGGUCCGUCGCAACGGUGUGCUGCAGCGCCAGAACUACUGCUGCUCACUGGACCGGCUGACGGUUGGGAACCGCGUAGGUGUGAAGAGGCGCAGUGACGACACCAUGCACAUCUUCAUCGAUGGAGAAGACAUGGGACCUGCAGCGACUGCAGUAGCCAAGAAUGUGUAUGCAGUGUUGGACCUAUACGGGCGGAUAACAGCGGUGUCCAUCGUGAGCUCUUCGCUGAUGGAGGACAUGGAAAGCAUCAAGGCGCCCUCGCUGUCCUCGGACAGCUGCAGCGAAGGAGAGGAGGACAGCACCCCCGUCAGAGAGGUCGAGACUGAGCCGUGCGCGCUGGUGCCCACCAUCAUGGCGUUCCUGGAGAACCACGGCAAAAACAUCCAGCUGUCCAAUCAGAAUCUGACGGCUGCCAGAGUAUCCAGUUACAACCAAGGCCUGCUGGUCACCGCCCAGCCGCUUGCUCGCCAGCAGCUGUUCCAGUUUCAGAUCGACCGUCUGAACCCGUCAUGGACGUCGUCGCUGUCGUUAGGCGUGAUAGGUCACUCCCCCGACCGGCUCAACUUCCCCUCCACAGCGUGUUGUCUCAAACGCUCUGCCUGGCUGCUGCAGAGAGACUCCGUCUUCCACAACUCCCUAAAGAUAUGUGAGAACUAUGGUCCUAACCUGGACACUUGUCCGGAGGGGACGGUGUUGGGUCUGCUGGUGGACGCCAACAGUUGUCUCCACCUCUACGUCAACGGCAUGGACCAGGGUGUGGCGGCGCAGGACAUUCCUUCGCCCUGCUACCUGUUCAUCGACCUCUACGGCCAGUGUGAACAGGUUACUAUAGUAACAAACAAUGUGCCAGCUGUGGGCGGAGAGAGUGGUGAGACCCGUUGUCAGGGCGACAUGGAGAAGGCAGACAUGGUUGACGGAAUCAAAGAGAGUGUGUGCUGGACGCCCCCUCCAGAGGUUAACCCCAACAAGACCUGCGAGUACCAGGCGCUGUGCUCACGCUUCAAGGACCUGCUCACGUUACCAGAUGGCUAUUUCAACGAAGACGCAAAGUACAACCUGUGCUACUGUGAGUCCUGCCACAAGCUUCGGGGUGACGAGGCUUAUUACAAGAGAGGAGAGCCGCCCCGGGACUACGCCCUGCCCUUCGGAUGGUGCCGCUUCGCCCUCAGGAUCAAACCCCACUGUGAGGUUUCUAACGCACUGAAGAAGUGGCACAUCGCGUACCACGGCACCAGUGUAGGAGCCCUGCGACGCACGCUGGACCACAGCCAGCUGCUGCCUGGGACGUCGUCCAUCUUCUCGGUGUCCCCGGUGAAGGCAGAGGGUCCUAAUGGCUACAGUGAGCCAGAUGAGAACAGCGCCCCCGGGAGGGAGGUUCCCAGAGUGAGGCUCUCCCCCACUAUGCGCUACUCCGGCAUGGAGAUCUUUGCCCCCAAAGUGCAAUUUCAGGACCCCCGUUCUCACCGCUGCCACCAGGCUCAGGUGGGCUUCCAGGUGUGCGUGCGUCCCGGCUCCUACAAGGUGGGACCCCAGACGCUCAACCACAGCGAGCCCCUGGACCCUCGCUUCAGCAACUCAGAGAUCGAGUGGAUCACCAAGGAGCAGGGCGGCACGCUCCUCUACGGACUGCUCAUCCGGGUCGAGUGAAAAAGGGAGCGACGAGGGAGGCAAUCGGGUGGAAGUGGGGGGAGGGUCUGCGUGGGCCACUCCUCGUACUUUUAAUAAACUGACAACCAAAUCCAACCCCUGCCUUGAGCGAGAGACUCCUCUGGAAUCCAGCUGUUCCUACUGUGGAUUGUUGACAAUUCAGCAUUAUUGAUUUGUUCUGUUUAUUUUGUUUUUUGUUUUGUUUUUGUUUUUUGGUUGUUUGCUCUUGGACUCUUUUAUUGGCCGGGGGCUACGGCGGUUUCAAAGAAGAACAGACACUGCCUGCACUUUAUGUUUCGGACACUCGUGGGCGAUUUUUAAAACUAACUUCUCAUCGACACGACACCUUAGUUCAUUUGCUACAGUUGUUGUUUUUUUGUUUUUUGCCACGUUUUUUGUUCUCAUUCUUCCCGACAUACUUGCACCGUCACAAACAGCUUUUUUUUCUUUAUUUUGCACUUAUUUUAACACUUAAUCAUCUCCGCUCUGGUCAGUGUUUUAUUUUGGGAGGAGCUGUCCCCUGCCAACCUGCACGUUAACGGACUGUCACCUAAAAAAAAAAGACGAGAGAGACGUGGGUCAAAAAAACAAAACAAAAAAAAAGAGUGACAAUGUUUUCAAAAAAUGUUUAAAAAAAAAAACAGAAAGACACUUGAAUCUGAGAAUGAACCCAAGAGUGUGUUGUGAUUGUGACUUCUUUAGGGAGAAGAUUUUAAAACUGGAGGAAGAAAAAACUGUUUACACAUGUACCACUGUAUGUUGCUGUCCUCUUCGUGUCUCCACGUUAGCAGUCUGGCUACUUUAUCAGUCCUCUUUGCAUUUCUGUUCUUGGCCCCGGCGUCACUUCUGAAAACAUUCACAGGCUUUGCACUGUGGAGGGAAACUGGAAGGUUUUACAGAAAAAUGGACCUCUAGAAAACAAAAACAAAACAACCUCCUGCACCUGUUGGGAAGCUAAACAUUGUGUAUUAGAUAAUGGAUGGUAACUUAUGCUCCAGCCUUACAGCUUGUAUGUUACAACUGAGAGGAUCCAUCAUGAGAUAUUUAAAUAUAUAUAUUUACUUGUAGACUUGAUAGGUUUUCAUACAGGAAAAGGGGGGAAAAAUGAGAAGCUGUACAUUUUGGGAAAUUAGCUUUUUUUCUUUUUAACCCAGAGUUAAAGUUAACACUAAUCUCAUGAAGCUACUGCCAGCAGCUCGCUAACUUAGCUUAGCAUGAAGACUGGAAACAUGGAGAAAGCAGCAAAUCAUCCCCCUAUCAGCACCUCUACAGCUCACUCAUUAUUAAACAUGUAUCUCGUUUGUUUAAUCCGUACAAAAUCUAAAUUGUAGUAAAGUUCGUCCUUUUAUAGGGGGGUUAUUUCUUGGCUAGGACCAGUUGCUAGGCAGCCAGUGGAGACUCUGUCGGACGCCUGGCAACCAAGAAGUAGUUUCGGCCAAGAAAACGUUCGUAGUGGAUUCGUUCGUAGAUUUUACAGUUUUUAUUGUACAGAUUAAACAAAGGAGAUAUAUGCUUCAGAGGUGCUACACUGUAAAAACCUAAAAAAUUGUUGAAACUGAUUGAUAAUUAACAUUUUAAUUAA